CCGCGCCGCUGCUGCGUGUUUGCCGCUUGACGCACCGCGCAGACGGAGGGCAGACGCGGCGGCGACGAUCACGGAGGAAUCUGACCGCGCGGCACGGCUCGGUUCUCCCGGGAAGUCAGAGUCCCGCUGUCCGCCCGAACGGUAGCUCAGCCCGGUGCGCUCCCUCCCUCCCUCCCUCUCUCUCUCUCUCUCUCUCUCUCCCUCUGUCGGAUACAACCGGACCGGACCCGCGAGCAGCGGAGCGGCGGAACACGAUGGCGACGCUGGGACCGGAGGCGGCUCGUCCCGCUCUCGGUUCUUCCCCGUCGGUCCAGACGCACCUCGGCGGCGCCAACCUGCCGCCCAACCGGGGCUUGGAGCGGGCGCUGGAGGAGGCGGCGGCCAGCGGCGUGCUCAGCCUGAGCUCCAGGAAGCUGAAGGAGUUCCCCCGGACGGCCGCCAACCACGACCUGACCGACACGGUGGAAGCAGAUCUGUCGAAGAACCGGCUGACCGACGUCCCCUCGGAGGUCUGCCACCUGGUUGCCUUGGAGACACUAAACCUGUAUCACAACUGCAUCAGGACCAUCCCGGACAGCGUCAUCGGCCUGCAGUCGCUCACCUCCCUAAACCUCAGCCGUAACCAGCUGGGCUCCCUGCCGGCCUGUUUGUGCGGUUUACCUCUGAGAGUCCUCAACGCCAGCAACAACAAGCUGGUCAGCCUGCCGGAGACCAUCGGACAGCUGCACAGCCUCAUGGAGCUGGACAUCAGCUGCAACGAGAUCACGGCUCUUCCUCGUCACAUCGGCAGACUCAAAGCUCUACGGGAACUGAACGUACGCCGGAACCUUCUCUGCGUCCUGCCGGAAGACCUGGCCGCCCUUCCUCUGGUGAAGUUCGACUUCUCCUGUAACAAGGUGUCCACCAUCCCGGUGUGCUACAGGAAGAUGAAGCAGCUCCAGUCGCUCCAGCUAGAAAACAACCCGCUGCAGAGUCCACCUGCACAGAUCUGCAUAAAGGGUAAAGUCCACAUAUUCAAGUACCUAAGCAUCGAGGCGUGUCGCAGCGAGAAGAUGCCCGACUCGCUCUACCUGCCCGUCAUCGAGCGGCCACAUUUCCACCAAAUCCUAUGAGAUGUUAAGAGAAGCAGCGAACUCUCCGUCUAUCAACACACUGACUGUCGCUGUUCGUUCCAGCCGUCCGAUGAAGACAGCCUGAGCCUGAACGUGCCGAUGAGCAACAUCACCGAGGAGGAAGGAAUCAGCAAAGACGACUCCAGCGAACACAUCAGCUCGCUCACAGCCGACACGAACUCGGACGGCGUGCGCCUGAUCGAGGAGAGUCCUACGGAGGCCCUGAAGGACCAGUUCAGCUACAGGGACUCGGCUCUCAGCACUCGCUUCAUCAACUACAUCAAGGGUCGGACGGCGGCAGACUUCGACGAGCCGCUCAGGAUAGAAGAAGACUCACACUGGCCGACGGAACAAACGUCCAGAGUGAGUCGGAGCACCGAGCUCCACAUUGACAUGAUCAACCAGCUGAAGGAGGCCGUGGAGCUGCUGCAGGACCCCAGCAGAGUGAACGUGGAUCAGGAUGACCUGUCUGGAGUCCAGCUCUACCCGGUGGAGAUGGUCACGGUGGAGGAGUCGCUCAAUGGGCAGGACAGCGAUGACGGCGCCACAACACCAAAGCGAGAUGACAGGUCUCCAGGCAGCGGCCCGCCGUCCUUCUCCAGCCCGCCGUUCGGACUGAAGCCCCGCUCAGUUUUCCUGCGGAGCCACAAGAGCCUGGAGUCGGUGGAUCCUCAGUUCACGAUGAGGAGGAAGAUGGAGCAGCUGCGAGAGGAGCUGGAGCUCAUGGAGCAGCUGAGAGACAGCAUCGAGAGCAGACUGAAGGUCGUCCUCCCAGAAGACCUCGGCUCGUCCCUGAUGGACGGCGUCGUUCUCUGCCAUCUGGCCAAUCACAUUCGCCCGCGGUCGGUCGCCAGCAUCCACGUCCCCUCACCUGCAGUGCCCAAACUCAGCAUGGCCAAGUGUCGGAGAAAUGUGGAGAACUUCCUGGACGCCUGCAGAAAAAUCGGCGUCCCAGAGGACAAACUGUGCCUCCCUCACCACAUCCUGGAGGAGAAGGGCCUGGUGAAGGUGGGCGUCACGGUGCAGGCUCUGGUGGACGAGGCGCCGCCCAAGCUGCUGACGUGAGCUCCAAGACACCCGCCUGGACCCGAACACUGACGCUGCGACUCGCCCGCAUCCUCCCUGGAGUGUGUUUUUUUUAAAAUUUAUAUUCAAGGAUGCGAAGCGGCGUCGCCCAUCGGAGGUGGAUUCAUUUUUACUAAUCGAUCAGAGGGAGCUUGUGGGAUCCAGCAGAGAGCCUGAUGGAAGGCCAGCGUCUGACUGGCUGCAGGUUGUUUCUCAGCAUGUUUGAACAAACACCAGACAAACACACACUCUGUCACCUGAAGGGCAUCGAUCCAACGGUUUUGUUUUGGGGCUUGAUUUAGAAAAUCCGUACACUGGCUGGUACCAAACGUUUGAGGAAAUACUGACAGGAAGAGAUUUUGAGAAUAAAGUCCAAAUAUUAUAGAAAUGAUGUGAUUUUUAUGGGAAUAUUCGUAAUAAUUUAGGUGCAAUUUCACUUGAGAAAGUUUUAAAAUUCUGUUUUAAUUUCACUAAAACCUUCACAGAAAGACGUAGUGACAUUACAAGCUGCGUUUUCUGUAAAAUUACAACUUUGUUCUUUCGCAAAAUAUGCAGCUUUAUUCUCAGAAUCUCAGUGUUUUCCUCCAGAACUGUGGCUCUCUAAUAAUCUGAGGUUUUUUACUCCAAAUCGGAUGCAGUUCAGAAGCUGUUUAACAGUUUUUUCGUUUCAUUCUGAAUCAUUUAUUUCAGUGUAAGAGCACCGACUGUAUCUAUGCACGCUAUCCAACACUCCGACGACCGCCACCUAUCCGUCUGCAGCUCUCUGGUUUUUCUCCUGCUGAGGUUUCUGGUGAAGUGUUUCUGGACUGCGUUGAGUAUUUUUUUUUUCGCUCUCGGAAGAGAAUAAAAACAAAAAAUAUUAUAGUCUUAACGGCUUUUAACCGCCAUUUAUAUUUAAAACAUGAAGAUAUUUAUGAUAUAAAGAGGAGCUGUUUUGAGUCGAUGUAUACAGUCAGAAAGAAAUAGUCCAGAAAUAUUUUUCUCUAAUAUAUUUUGGGUAUAAUUGUGUAUGUUUUCUAAAGUUUUGCUACGACUCCGUGGAGCUGCGUCCCUGCAGCAGCUCGGCCAUGGAAGCCGGUCCAGGUGAUGUCGGUCUGCUCGUCUCUCGCUCGGCGUUCGCUGAAGCUGCUUCCUGAUGUUUGGAUGAGAUGCAGUUUGCUUCAUGUGCCAAAAUGUGGUGAUCGGACAAACACAAAGUUCAGUUUUAAUCAUGGAAAGUCGUGGAUGGAUUAUUGAACAAGGGGCCUGAAGGGCUCAGAGGGAUGGUUUUUUAAGGGGAUUUGAGUAAUUUGGUCAAAUUUAUGAAUAGCAAGUCGAUUAAGACACUUAAAACGACUAGAAAGAGA